CGAUGUGGACCUGCGUGGGGCCGUGGUGUCAGAAGCGGGAUCCUUUCCCUCGCGAUUUUAUCCGGAGGGUGCGGUGGUGAGGCGAGGCAGAGCAAGGAAGAGAAUGGCUGUGCAGUGGUGCAGCGCGACGAGCCUGCACGGUUGGUGCCGCCACCCAUCGCCGCCGCUGCCGUCCCCGGCAUUGGCGUCGACCGUGUCGCUGUCUCGGCAGCCGAGGAGGAUCGGCUGCGUGUCCGUCCGCAGGGAGGUCGCCGUGGCCGCGGCGGCAGAGGCGGCCCCGCCGGAGGUCGAGGCGGACGUGGACAUGGAGGAAGAAGGUGUAGAGUGCGAAGAAGGGUGCGGCGGCACGGGGUGGCUGCUGUGCGACUUCUGCAAGGGGAAGAAGAACAACGUCAAGUCCGAGAGCAGCCCCAGGAUCUAUCGCCGCUGCCCGACCUGCAAGGCCGCCGGGUACAUCUUGUGCCAGAGAUGCAGGGUCUACAGAUGCAUCACAUAUCCUGAAAGCACCGAAUCAUGAUCGACACAGGCAUGCAGAGCAAGCAGAUCGAGCUGGAGAUCCUCUGGUCGUUUUGCUGGUUCUUCUACCUUCCUUAUGCUGCCCUGCUGACUGCGGUGUGGAUCGUUCGUCUUCCUUCAGUGUCACUGACAGAAGAGCAUGCUCUGUGCAUUUUGUUUUUGCUCCAUUGUCAAUGAAUGUUAUACUAGCUUGGUCAUCAGGAAAAACUUCUCUGAUUACCAGAAACUUUGCAGUUUGCACAUGUAUCUGUGGAUCGAAUAGAUCACUGGCAAUAGAGCAAUUGUGCACACUGAUAAUA